UGUUUCCUACACUCCAUUACCUAGCUAAGCAUUCAAUUUAACAGUCCCUUAAAGAGGAAGAGAAAAAAAAAAAAAAAUCAGUUACAAAUUUUACAACUUACCAAUAGUUUUUGUGUGUAAAAAAUUCUUGGUCCCUAUCUUUUUCAAUUCACUUGUGUGUACCAUCUUUAGACUCUAUUCCACUUUGCUCUCUCGCUCACUAUUUUUGUUUCACCACACUUUCUAAAAAUAGCCUUUUCCCCCCAUUACCCAUUAAAGCCAUAUUUAGGUACACUUCCCAAAAACAAACCCCAAAAAAACAACCCUUUUUCUUUGCAAAAAAGGCUUACUUUGUUCUUACCUCUUCCUCCUCCCUAAAUGUGGUGUCUUUUGACUUCAAUUCUCCAAAACGACUCACAUUCAGUAGUUAUAAAUAUGCAACCAAAACUCUUGUCACAACCUUCUUCCAACCGCUUAUUUUUCAUAACUUUGUCUCUCCAUUCCAUCAAUUUUUUAUCUUCUCCCUCUCCAUAAAAACCAAAAACACAACCUUCCAUCCUUUGUGUUGUGGUGGUGGCAGAGAGAAACCGGAGUCGGUGGUGGUGAUGGUGGAGGAGGAGGAAGUCCGGCGGGAGGGAGAGGAGGAAGAGGAGGAGGUGGAGGUGGUGGUUGCCGGUGAUCCUCCUCAUCAAGACCUUCCCCACAUUGUAAAGGGCAAGAGGACCAAAAGACAAAGGCCACAAUCUCCAAUUCCCUUCACCAUCACAACACAAUAUUCAUCAAGUGGAGAGGGAGGUUACGUUAGCAACGGCGAAAAUUGUGCCGUCAUCGACGACAACAACGACAACGACAACAACAACAACAAUACCAACAAUGCCAAUAGCAAUUCAAGCUCUUCCUUGGCUGAACAAGUCCCGCGGGACUAUUCAACCACCGAGGAAGACGAAUACACCGCGAGCUGCCUUAUCCUUUUAGCCCAAGGCCGACGCCAACAUCAUCAUCACCAUAGCGCAGUUACGAAAGAACCACCAUCAUCAUUGAAGUACGAUCAAGAUCAAGAUUACGGAGUGCCGGAGAAAUUCAACAGCAAGAGGUACAUCGAGACGCCGGUAUCCGGGAACGGCAAGGCCGGAAUGUAUGUUUACGAGUGCAAGACUUGUGGUAGAACUUUCCCUUCAUUCCAAGCAUUGGGAGGUCACAGGGCAAGCCACAAGAAGCCUAAAAACAUAGCCGCAGCUCUUCAUCAGGAGAAGAAGAUGAUGUUCAUGGAUGCUUCUGAUGAUGAUGAAGAAAUGACUUUCCGAAGCUAUAGACAGAACAAGAUUAACAACUACAACAACCACAGCAACAACAACAAUUCUUCAUCCCUUUCACUUGAAUUCAUCGCAAAUAAUAACAGAGGAAACAACAACAAUAGCCAUAACAAUAACAGCAGCAACAACAUUAAUCUUCAGAAGUCAGCUUCUUUUCCGAGGAUUCAUGAAUGUUCACAUUGUGGAGCAGAGUUUACAUCUGGGCAGGCAUUGGGAGGGCACAUGAGGCGCCAUAGAGGGCCAACAACAACCAUUGCCAAUACCACUCUGUCUUUAGGCCAAUUAAGCCCAGAAACCAUGGAUCUUCAAGAAUCUGAUCAUGAAGCCGAAGCGAAUCAUAAUAACAAGAGAUUCAAGAGUGCAUUGACUCUGGAUCUUAAUCUUCCAGCCCCUGAAGAUGAACAUCAUCAUCAUAAUAAAGAAUCAAAGUUUGGCUUGGGAUCAAAGCAAGUUCAACAACACCAACAGAAACAAGAAGGAAAACAACAGCAGCAACAACAACAAUCAGCCCUUGUUUUAUCCACCACUACAAAAUUAGUUGAUUGCCACUACUGAGCAAACCCAAAGGUGCAACAAAUAUACAUACAAUUUUUUUCUUUCUUUUCCUUUUUUUUUUUUAAAAAAAACUCACAUCCAUCUUCUGGGUAUUUCUUGGAAAAAGCUAGAACUGAAUCAAAACAUUCAUUCAUUCAUUCUUUCAUUAACUCUGUCGACAUUCACUUGUAAAUAUUCUUUAAUCUGUUAAGUAAACAUUUAAAAGUCCACUUCCCAUGAACAGUUAAUGUAAAUGUUUGGUGGUGUUGUAUUGUUUUUCUUUUUAUACUUUUUAUUUUUUUGUCCACCUUUUAUUUGGUGGAAACAAUUAGUUCAGUGUUAGAACCACUUGAUAGAUUAUAGAAGUUAACAGAAAGAGGAAGGAGGUUGCCUUGGCUUCAGAAUUUUUGAAUGUUUCAACUACAAAGAAUCUCUCGGCUGGCUUUGUAAUCGGAAAUUAGUGUCUACCACUACCAUAAACAUCUCAGACUAUAUCUAACCACAACUUGAAUUUCCUCUGUGAUUAAUUUCUAGCGUCCAUCAAAAAAAUUAAAUAAAAUAAAAUAUUCUAGUUAUCACUUUUCGCGUAAUGUCAUUCUACAAUUUUGACUUUCGUACGGGAUAUGCUUAUAAUUCUAAAUUUAGCGUUAUGAGAAAUCACUG